CGUGGGGCGUCGGGGGGCUCGGCCGCCGCCUUGCGCGCCUUGACGCCCUCGUCGCUGUUGCUGCUGCCCGCCGAGGCCGAGACGCGGCAGCGCCUCCUGCGCAGCGCCAAGAAGGAGGUGAAACAGAUAAUGGAGGAAUCGGUCACCAGGAAGUUUGUGCAUGAAGACAGCAGCCACAUCAUUUCCUUUUGUGCUGCCGUCGAAGCCUGUGUCCUCCACGGCCUCAAGCGGCGGGCGGCGGGCUUCCUGCGCAGCAACAAGAUUGCCGCCCUGUUCAUGAAGGUGGGGAAGAGCUUUCCUCCGGCUGAGGACUUGUCCCGGAAGGUGCAGGACCUGGAGCAGCUCAUUGAGAAUGUGCGAAACCAGGGCCCGGGGGUCCAGGAGAGCACACGCAAGGCUUCCAAGCUCCCCAGCCUCUCCCCGCAGGCCAUCAAGCACCUCUGGAUCCGGACAGCACUUUUCGAGAAGGUCCUGGACAAAAUAGUGCUCCACUUGGUGGAAAACAGCAGCAAAUACUAUGAGAAGGAAGCCCUGCUGAUGGAUCCAGUUGAUGGGCCAAUCCUUGCCUCUUUGCUGGUGGGACCUUGUGCACUGGAGUACACCAAGAUGAAGACCGCCGACCAUUUCUGGACCGACCCCUCGGCUGACGAGCUGGUCCAGCGCCACCGAAUCCACAGCUCUCACUGCCGCCAAGACUCACCCACCAAACGGCCAGCUCUCUGUAUUCAGAAGAGGCAUUCCAGUGGCAGCAUGGACGACCGGCUGUCUCUCUCGGCCAGAGACUACGUUGAGUCGCUGCACCAGAACUCCAGAGCCACCCUCUUGUACGGCAAAAAUAAUGUCUUGGUGCAGCCGCGGGACGAUAUGGAGUCCAUCCCAGGAUAUUUGUCCCUUCAUCAGACUGCUGACGUCAUGACUCUCAAGUGGACCCCAAACCAGCUGAUGAACGGCUCUGUGGGUGAUCUAGACUAUGAGAAAAGCAUCUACUGGGACUAUGCCAUGACCAUCCGCCUGGAGGACAUUGUCUACCUCCACUGCCACCAGCAAGUAGACAGUGGGGGCACAGUUGUCCUGGUAAGCCAAGACGGCAUCCAGCGCCCACCACUGCGAUUCCCGAAAGGUGGGCACCUCCUGCAGUUCCUCUCCUGCCUAGAAAAUGGGCUCCUGCCCCAUGGACAGCUGGACCCCCCUCUGUGGUCACAGAGGGGAAAGGGGAAGGUAUUUCCAAAGCUGAAGAAGCGAAGCCCCCAGGGGUCCUCGGAGUCGGCAUCAGACAAGGAGGAGGAGGAGGCAACCGAUUACGUUUUCCGGAUCCUCUAUCCUGGCCUUCAGUCAGAGUUUGCCCCCCAGGAUCUGGUUGACACCCAGACGAGCACCCUCCCUUCCAUGUGGCAGCCGGGCACCCGCAAGUCCUCCUGCUCAUCCUGCUCUCAGAGCGGAUCCACGGAGAGUGGCCCCUCCAAUGGAUGCAACCAUGAAAGGGCUCCUCUGAAGCUGCUGUGUGAUAACAUGAAGUACCAGAUACUAUCUCGAGCGUUUUAUGGCUGGCUGGCCUACUGCCGGCACCUCUCCACGGUGAGAACCCACCUCUCGGCGCUGGUGAACCAUGACAUUGUGUCACCCAGCAUGCCAUGCAGCGCCAGCCUGGGGCUGACUGCAGAGGUCUGGGAGAUGUUCCUGCAAGACAGUACGAGUUAUGAGGAGAAAGAGCUUUUGCGGCUAGUCUACUUCGGAGGGGUCCAGCACGAGAUCCGGAAAGCAGUCUGGCCUUUCCUGCUGGGACAUUACCGGUUUGGGAUGUCAGAAGCUGAGAGAAAGGAGGUCGACAGCCAGACUCGCGCCUGCUAUGAGCAAACCAUGGCAGAGUGGCUGGGCUGCGAGGCGAUUGUCCGACAACGGGAGAAGGAGUCUCAUGCGGCUGCCCUGGCCAAGUGCUCCUCAGGGGCCAGCCUGGACUCCCACAUGGAACACAUGAUGCACCGAGAUUCGACCAUCAGCAACGAUUCUUCCCAGAGCGGCAGUUCUGGCCCACAGAACCUGGUGCGGCUUCAGAGCGACUCCAGUGGCAGCACCCAGGUGUUUGAGUCAGUCGAUGAGGUAGAACAGCCCGAAGCAGAUGCCAAGCCUGAGGACGGCAAACGGGCCAAACUCUCCAACGGGAUGAUGCCUGACGGCGCCUCCUCCCCCGACCUUUGCUAUCCCUCUUCCCAGAACUUUUUGGUCACCUCCACAUGCUCAGAGCAGAUCUUCAGCACCAAGGACAGUAUGGUGGAGAUCGCAGAAGCCGCAGUGUGCCACUCUGCCCAGGCAAGCAUGGCUGUCGGCCAGGGACCUCUCAGUGUGGACAAUGCCCUUGUGGGUGGCACACAAACAGGGGAAGGUUUGCAGGGCCAGGACAGCCUGGAGGACCUCCCCACCACCAGCAGCUUAGAGGAGUUUAUCCUCAUGGGCAAGGAGCCCCCCAAUAAAGGGGGGGCAUCUCUGUCUAUAGUGGAUAUGACCAACAGCUGGCCGGACCACAGUGUGGGGCAGCAGAACUCAAUGGGGAGUGAAGAUGACCUCUCGGAAGAGCCAGAGAUGGAGAGCCUGUACCCACAGCUGGAUUCACACUCCCUGGCUGUCACUGACUUGACCAUUAGCGAAGUCUCGCCUGUCUCCUCGUCGGGGGUCACCUACUCUCCAGAGCUGCUUGACAUGUACACUGUGAACCUGCACCGCAUUGAGAAGGAUGUCCAGAGGUGCGACCGGAACUACUGGUAUUUCUCACCAGCCAACCUGGAGAAGCUGCGCAACAUCAUGUGCAGCUACGUCUGGCACCACAUUGACAUUGGCUAUGUCCAGGGGAUGUGUGACUUGCUGGCUCCUUUGCUUGUGAUUCUGGAUGAUGAGGCCAUUGCCUUCAGCUGUUUCACAGAGCUCAUGAAGCGGAUGAACCAGAACUUCCCCCAUGGGGGCGCCAUGGACACCCACUUUGCCAACAUGAGAUCCCUCAUCCAGAUUUUGGACUCUGAGCUGUUUGAGCUGAUGCAUCAAAAUGGCGAUUACACGCAUUUUUACUUCUGCUACCGCUGGUUCCUCCUGGAUUUUAAGCGAGAGCUAGUUUACAAUGAUGUCUUCUCUGUCUGGGAAACGAUCUGGGCAGCGGCACAGAUCUCCUCGUCUCAUUAUGUCCUCUUCAUUGCUCUUGCCUUGGUGGAGGUUUAUCGGGACAUCAUCCUAGAGAACAACAUGGACUUCACGGAUAUCAUCAAGUUCUUCAACGAAAUGGCAGAGCGGCACAACACUCAACAGGUCCUGAAGCUGGCGCGGGACCUUGUCUACAAAGUUCAGACACUCAUUGAGAACAAGUGAUUUGCGAGAACAUCUGCCCUGGAGGAGGAAGGGAGACUGAAGCACCCCUUGUGUACAUUUGGAGGCUGGAGUAGCGCAUAAGGCAGAGAGCUAGAGAGGGGGCAUGCCUCUCUCCAUGAACUUGAGCCAGUCCCUGGAGAGGCAGUCUCCCAGCCAGUCAUUCCACUGUGUUUUCAGCCACUGCCUGCUGGGCUCUUCUGUUUCUGUGAUGGCAAUUAACCAAAGAACUCACAAGCUCCGCCUCCUUUCUUAUUCAUGUAGGAUGGAGCUUGACUGGCACAAACCUUGCUUUGAGGACAGAGGUCAGUUGUUAGGUGCGUGGGAAGGGCGUGGCUGUUUAUUGGGAUGUCUGGUUUUAUUACCUUCUGCUUCCUGUUUGGAAAGGUCAAGGUGACAGCCUUGAAAAGGGGUGGCUGGGAUCUGUCGUUGAUUUCCCUCCCU